UUUUUUUCUGCUCUGAAAAAGAGCUUGUAAAAGGAUCGGCCAUGGAAGCUGAGAAUUGAGUACGGAAGUAAAUCGCGUGGGUGUCGUGUGCGCAUGUUUAAGUUGAAUUGAGAAGUACCAACAUCAGCAGGGGUAGCGUUGGGACGCGACGCCCUGAGGGUUCUACAAUCGGAAGCCCCGCCCCUGUAGAAGUCGCCACCAACCGGGAGUUCAACAUUAGAAAUGAGAGGAGGAGCUCGCCGUUCAUCUGAGGAUACAAGAGGGAACUUUUCAACCAAGCCAGUAUCUCUCAGAACUUCGAGAAGAGAGCUUCUUAUUCCUUUUUUUUUUUCUCUUUCAAAAAAUCUGACAACCUUCCCAUCCUACAACUUGCUACCGAUCGUCAGGGAGGAACUUUCCACCACCAGUUCUUCUACUGUCAUUCAUCAUCCGCCUACUCAGAUUUUUUUUUUUUUGCAAAUUCCAUUUUUCUAAAGUUUCACUCUCCCUUAAGAUUAUUUUGAUAUUUAAUAAAUAUUUUUAAAAAAGUGAUGUUUGUGAGGAAAUAAAUUGUAUCGGUCAAGUGUUUUAGUGAAUAAAGUGUUUAAUAUUCAUCGAGACCUUCAUCGUUAGAUACUUUGGACAUUGCCAAGUGUAGUGCAAAAGGUCCGGAAUAAAUUUAAAACUAAAUUAUUAGUGAAAAUUGUGAUUUUCGAUGAUGGACACGAAGAUGGAGCCUCUGACGCCUCCACAUACUCCCCCCUCUGCGGGAAUCGAUAGGUUACACCCUCAUGGUACUCUGGCGCAAAGGUGGAUGAGAAAUCCUCAACUUCAUCUACCACAGCAUCAGCAGCAGCAGCAUCAUCAUCAUCAUCAACAACAAUUGCCACAACAACCUGGUUAUCAUGCUGCUUUUUUAGAUCAUUGGAUGAGGGGUGCUAUUUUGGCAGCGAGGGGUUGUUGUCCUCAGACACCGUUGUCUUCCCAUCAUCAUGGACCAUCAGGUCAUCCUAUGCAUUCUGCUCUUCCAGUGCCACCUCCCGCCUCUUUUCUCACUAAGAGACUUCCCGGUCAAAGACCCAAGAAGCAGUUUAUUUGCAAAUUUUGCAACAGGCAAUUCACCAAGAGCUACAAUUUACUCAUACAUGAGAGAACACACACCGAUGAGAGGCCCUAUUCCUGUGAAAUUUGUGGAAAGGCUUUCAGAAGACAAGAUCAUUUAAGAGAUCAUAGGUAUAUUCACAGUAAGGAGAAACCUUUUAAAUGUGCUGAUUGUGGAAAGGGAUUUUGUCAAAGUAGAACAUUGGCGGUUCAUAAAAUUCUACAUCUUCAAGAAUCACCUCAUAAAUGUCCAAUUUGUGCAAGAAGCUUUAAUCAACGAAGUAAUUUAAAAACACAUCUUGCAACACACACUGAAGUACCACAGGAUCUUCGAAUAGAUCAACCAAUGACAACAGAAAAUAUGGAAACAUCAAAUGUUUUAAAAUCAAGCGAAAAAUUAAGUUCCACGAGAAAAUUGGGUUUUAGUAUAGAAGAUAUAAUGAGGCGUUAGAUGAUUAGAAAAAAAGAAGAUGAAAAAAAUCCAAAGACUAUUAAAAUUGUCAAAAAAUUAUUUUUCUCCCAAAUAGUCUAUAAAAAUUGUUUUUGUUUUUUAUUUUAUAAUAUAAACCAAAGGUGUUUUUUUUCUUUAGAUUUAAAUGUAAAUAAGUCUUUCAAGUUUUAAAUUAUAUGUCAUUUCUCGAAAAAAAUUUAUCCUCCAUAGAGAAAUUUGUUUCGAUUGUCAAAUUGUUGUGUAGGUUUAGGUUUCUAGAGAUUAAAACGAAUAGUAUUUACGAUCUGUUUCGACGACUGAUGAUCAUCCAAAAGUGUAAACGUAGAUAGUUUAUAGAUGAUAAGAGAGAGAGUUGUAUGAAUAUUGAAGAGCCAAACGAUGCUAAUAUCUUCUAGGUGCUAAUCGAGUCUUUUUUUUUUUGUUAACGGUCUUCCUCGUAAAAAUUAGGAAAUCUUGAUCUGAUAAGAAGUUGGGACUCCUUCCUUUUUCCAGUGAUCUGUAAAUAGAAGUCUCAGAUUGUGAUUUCCUUUUUUUGGCCAAGGACCACCCACAUUAUCUUGUAUAUAGUAGUUGUCUCUUGUAUUUCUCUUUUUUUUUUAUUUUAUUAUCAAAAACGAUCCUUUUUAAGCACGUCCCAUUCUUUGUCAAUUCCUUGAUGUUACCACUAAUUUAAGAUCGGUGUAAAUAGCACAUAUAUAUAUAUAUAUUGUUUGCCAAAGGGGGACUUCUAGGUGUAAAUUUUGUCUUUUAGAUGUCGUCGUCAUCGUCAGCUUAUCUCGACGCUUAAGAGAGUCGCCCGGAGCGUUAAGUACCUAAGCCUGUAUAUUAAUUGUAAGUGCCGCCCGCGGACACCCAAGGUUUCAAGAUUAACGUGUAAAGAUAUGCACCUAUACCAAAAAAAAAGGGAAAAAAAAAAAAAAAUUAAAAAGAAAAACCUGAGAGUCACCAUUCAGUCCUAGUCGACUCUUUAUAGAUUGUAAUGUGUAUUAAAGAUUUAUUGUUAUUGAGUGGAAAUAGAUAAAAGUAGUAUAUGAA